AUGCCAGGCAAAAAGAAAGGCAAAGGCAAAGGAAAGAAGAAAGGUUCAGAAAAGAAGGCAGAUGAAGCUGGAAAUGCGGAACCAGAAAUUCAAAUGGAAGAAAAAACAAAACAGUAUUAUAUGACACAAAUUACUACACUCAGAAAAAAAGUAACAAAUUUACAAGCUCAAUGUGAUAAGUAUUUAGUAUCUCAACAAGAUAAUAUGGCUCGCAUAGAAUCAUUAAAAGAAAUUCGUCUUGGAUCACGGACAUUUUUGACUCGACAAAUGGAUGAAAUUAAUUUUGAAAUUAAUAACUAUAAUCAACAGUUAAGAGAAUUAGACGAAGCCAAAGAAAAUGAACGAUCAGAUUUACUGAAACAAAUAAACGAAUUGAGAACAAGAGAUUUACAAGAAACAAGGGAAAAGAAUGAAAACGAAAACCACAUGUUACGUUCAAAACUGAACUCAUUGGAUGAAUUAAAGAGUAAAAAAGAAGCACUAUUAAGUCAAAUCGAUGAAUUAGAUUCCAAAUUAAAAGAACAAGAACAUGAAUACAACGAAGAAAUCUAUUACAAAGAGAAAGAUGCCGUUUUAGAAAAAGAUAGAUUGCGAAAAGAUAUGGGUUCUCGUGUAAAUGAUUUAUCAUCUGAAUUUCGUCGUGUUUCAAAAAUGCAAGUUGUCCAAACAACGAGACAAAUAAUUCUAGAAAAUGUUCGAUUAAAUCAGAAAAUGAUUGGAAUCGAAGAUGAAAACAAUCAAACAGAAUUAAAGAAUGGAAAAAUAAGAGAAGGGAAAAAGACUUUAUCAUUAGAGUUGAGCCUAUUAGAAGAACGAGAACGAAUGAUGGCUAAAAAACAGAAAAAAACAAAUCAGCUUAUUGAAAAAUUAACGGAUGAAUGUUCAACAAAUGAACGAUUCAUUCAAAAUUUAGAAGAAAAAGUGUCCGCACUUGAAGAUACACGAAAUUUAAUUGAACAAUUAGAAGAGAUGAACGAGCGAGCAGAAAAACAGAGUUAUCAAGCAAUUGAAGAAAAUGAAUUAUUACGUCGAACAGUAUCUCAACGUGAAGAAUCAUUGUCUAAACUGGAGCAUGAAAAUGAAAAAACACAACAAAUUAUUGAUAAUGUCGUAGAAGCAUUAGAACAGGCAAUAGAGUUAGGCGUAGGUCCGAAGCUAAAUGAUUUAGCUAAAGAAACAUCAUCACCGAUAGGCUUUUUCUCAAAUAACUUAUUUGAACCACAACAUGACGAAAGAAGCUUAUCGCCACCGGUUCGUUUGGGUGCAUUGAAAAAAGUCACAUCAAAAUCAGUUGGAGUACAAACGUCUGUUUCUAAUCGGGUAAAAUCCAGUCCCGUAUCAAAUGCAACAUCGAUCAGAAUCGUUGUUGAAAAAUAUAAACGAAAAAUGGGUCCCAAAAAAGAUAAAGGCAAAGGUAAAAAGAAAAAAGAUAAAGGACCAGCAGUACCUGAUUAUGUGGCCGAAAAGCCGCUUAGUGAAAAUGAUAAAAAAUUCUAUACAAUGCAAAUUGAAAUACUCGAAAGACAAUACGUCCAAUAUGAAAAACGCUGUGCUGAACUAAAAGAACGUCAGAAACAAGAAUUUGAUCAAGUAAAAACAUUGGAACAAGAUUUUGAAUUGCUUAAGUAUGCUAAAAAACAAUUGGAACAAAAAGAAGAAGAAAUUCAAGACUUAAAAGAUCGUAUUGUUGGUCUAUCACAAGCAAAAGAUUUAGAAAAAGAAAUGUUAGAAAAACAGUUAAUUGAUUUACGAACAGAAAUACACGAUUUAAAAGAACGUUAUGAAGCAGAAAAUAAUGAAUUAAGAAAUCAAGUUAAUGAUUUGGAAAAUUUUCGUAAUAAACAAGAACAUUAUUUAGCACAACGAAAAAAUCAACAAGAAACAUUAAAAUUAAAAGAACAAGAACAUUACAACAAAUUGGAAAGAAUUAAGAAAAAAGACCAACAAGAUCGUGACAGAUUAAAACGUGAUAUGGUUCAGCGUGUGAAUGCUGUUGCAUCGGAAUUUCGUCGUGCAUCAAAUAAACAAAUGGCUGAGACAACAAAACGAACGAUUAAUGAAAAUGCACGAAUUGAACAAACUUUAAAUGACAUGGAAGAAAAUUCAUCAAGAGUUAACGUUGAAAGUGGACAAAUUGAAGACGGAAAUGUUAAUAUGGGAAAAACUGUUCGAAUUUUAGAAAAAAAAGAGCAGGAACAUGCGUUUCAACAUGCAACAUCGGCUGAGGUCAUACAAUUACUUGCAAAUAUGCUCCGUAGUCAAGAAGAAAUAAUUACAGAAAAUCAAGAACGUCUCUGUCAAAUGAAUGAAAUUGAACGACGAAUGCAAGAUUUAAGAGCGGCAUUAUUCAGUAACGAAAAAAAUUAUUCGGAUAAAAAACAUCAGAAUCAUUCCUACGAAAAUCGACUAAGAACUCUUGAUAAUGAAUUAGUUGGUGCAACGAAUGAAAACGCCCGAAUAAUGUCAAACUUACGAGAUGCUGUAUCUGUGAUCACAGAUGCAUUAAAGACUAAACGACAAAAUAAUGAAAAAGCAUUGGUACCAUUACAUUUGAGUGCAUCUAAUUUUUCUGUGACAAAAGAUUCAGUUGAAUCGGGAAAUCUUUUUAAACAAUUACAUCAAAUAUUGACAAAUGAACCGAGUGAAGAACAAAUUCAUCAUAUAUUAGAAGAAAGAAAAUUUAAUGAAGAAAUUGGUCAAUUGGAAAAUGGUCAAGAAAAAACGUUAACCAUAAAAGAGUAUAAUAAACGUCGUGAUAAUUUACACUAUCGUCUUGGUGAUAUGGGUUUAGUACCGCGAAAAGAUGCUGAAUUAUUUACGAAUUUUGAAAAAAUGCAACGUCUUUAUCCACAACGUGAAAAAAUUACACUAAGGAAAGAUUCGAAAAAAUCGGUUGCUGUACAAACACCUGGUCUCACAAAAGGGUUUUCUGAUAUAUCUAUGGAUCAACUUGCACCAUAUGAUGAUAAAAAUUCAACAACACGACUAUUAUUCGAUCGACCUGAAUUACCUAAACGAAUACCGCAUUCUAUUUCAGCUACAAAUAGAGUUGUGCAAUAUGUGUUUUGA